AAGCAAAAUUAGGCAAAGCUUGAUUAGAUCUAUAAAAUUAUAUUUAAUGGAUAAAAUUUUACUUCUAUAAUACAUAAAGUGUAAUAAAGUGCAAAGUGAGUCUUAAUUAUUAAAAAUUAAGUAAUUAAUCACAUCAUUUAGACCAUAAUUUAGAAAAAUUCUUUUCUGCUUAAGAUACGAUGCUAAAUUAUAAGUGUAACAUACAGUAGAAAAAAAUCAAUAUCAACCAUAUCGCGAUUGGAAGAAAAAGCGAUUGUGCGCAAUUUCACGUCUUGGAAUAUUUGUGGUAACACAUGUGCGACAUUUUCAGAGAUGCUUUGUCCAUACAUAUUUUAGUGAUUUAUACGUCAAUUCACUCUCAGGGAAGCACGCGCGAGUUGGGGUCAUCGAUUUAGCUCAACGACAUUGAAGACGAUGAUGGAGAUCAAGCAGGUUUUCCUGAAAACGCGCGCCGAGUUUGGCAAGCAGUGCAUCUUCAACUUUUAUGGACCGCACAUGGAUGAGGAGAUCAAGCCGAAUCCAGAUGAGAUGACUAAUUAUAAAGUCAGGACUCACUGCAACGCUGGAGUGCAGAACACCAAGCAACUUGCACUGCACGAGGCUCAGACUGUCGGCGCCGAGACGAAGAGCAGCGGAAUGUUUCACUUCGAGGGUGGUUGGCCGAAGGAAAUCAAUCCGAGGGAUGAGGAAACUACAGCGAGGUUUCGGAGACGAAUCGAGAAGGACGAGGAUUGGGCGCCGAAAUUGCGCAACUUAUUCCAACAAAUGGAACGUAAUAUCCUUCAGAACGGUGCACUUAACAUAUAUCAACACUAUUUCGACGAUAUGGUUCCCACGGAACUAGUAAAACCACGUAGCCUCAGAACGGUGAAUGUCUACGAGGAUCCUCAAACGCCGACGAGACCUGUAAAUGACAUAUCUUGGUCACCAGACUCGGGUAGUAAAAUGGUGGUCUCGUACUGCUUCUUGGAGUAUGAAAUCGAGCAGGAUUAUAACAACAUCGUGUAUAUCUGGCAGAUUGACAAUCCUAAUAAGCCCUGGAUGACGUUGAAGGCCCCAUGCGCCACGGUGGUCAGCGAAUUUAAUCCCCGGGAUCCCUCUGUACUUGCCAGCGGCCUGAUGUCAGGCCAAGUUUGCAGCUGGGACGUUAGGACUGGCACCACUCCGGUUCAGACGUCUCAUCGUCAAUUCAGUCAUAGAGACUGCACAAAGGUAGUAAAGUGGAUCACGACGAAGAGUAAUACGGAGUUCUUUUCGGGUUCUUUGGACGGCCGGGCCAUGUGGUGGGACACCAGGAGGCUGCGAGCGCCAACCGAGGUCCUCGUGUUCGAUCUUCAGACGCCGAACGAGCCGCAGAUGGACCAAGCGAUCGGAGUCUCAUCGGCGGACUUCGAACCUAGCGUGAGCGCGAAGUUUAUGUUCGGUCUGGAGAAUGGUGUCGUAAUCAGUGGUUCGAGAAAGGCGAGGACUCCGGCCGAAAAACUAGCUUUGAGAUUCGACGCUCAUUUUGGUCCUGUCACCGCAGUCGAUCGCAGCGGCUUCAAUCCCAAGAUCUUCCUAACCGUCGGCGAUUGCACAGCUCGUGUCUGGGCGGAAGACAGCAAAGACGACAAUCUUGUAUCGACGAGAUUUAUAAAAGAGGGCCCCGUCGGUGGUUGUUGGAAUAAAACGCGGCACUCGUUAUUUUACGUGAUGACAAGUGCCGGAGUGCUGAUGGUGUGGGAUCUUCUGGUGGGUCUACGCGACCCGAUCCUGGCAGUGAAGCUCUGUGAGCAAAGAUUGACUGCGAUCGCAGCACACGAGACAGGCGCUUUACUAGCCGUCGGAAAUUCCGCCGGCAACGUUUACCUCGUCGAGUCGACGGAAGCGUUAUAUUCGUUCGAUAAAAAUGACAGGAACGAUUUCACAUCGUACUUGGAAAGGUGUUCGCGUUUCGUGAAGGCGAUAGACACGCGCUUGAAAGAAAUAAAAUUGGCGAGAACUGCCAUGGAGCAAGUCUCAGAUCUCACAUUGGAGGAACUAAGAAACAAAAGGAAGGAGAAACGAAAGACGCACGACAAAUUAAAGGAGAAAGACCGCCGGGAGAGAACCAGAAUUUCAUCCAAGAAGAAGACUAAAGAUGAAUUUCCUGAACUUCAUGAAAUCGAGGAGAGAUUCUUCGAGAUCGUCAAGAAGGAGAAACAAAAAUACGAAGAGGAUGAUUUAGAUUUGACGCCUUCGAAAAUGAUGCGAUCCAUGAAGAAACUCAAUCGAAAGACCGAAAAGGAUCCGAGCCUGGUAAUAGAUGAGCCGAAAAUAGACGAGCCAAUGAAGCCACUCCAAAAAAUGCUGAUUCCGAAGAAGGCCGAGAUUGCAAUACCUGACAUAGCGCCGGAAACAGCGCGGGACGAUGAAGAAGAGAAGGCGGAAGAGCCUUUGCCACUGUUAACGGAAGCAGUCGUGGAGAAGGAAAUCCCCGCAAAGGAAAUUAGCAAGAGGAAACGUAAGAGGAGGAAGAGGCGACCAAGACGUGUCGCUUUCAGGUUGCCGAGACCGUGCAAAGUUGGUGUCUGCAAGCCUGACAUAUGUUGCCGCAGGAUCUCGUUCCGAAAAUUACGGAGUAGGUAUGUGCAUGGAUUUAGUGUUGGCAGAGCGUAUAACUUUCCUCAAAAGAAUACGUUGUCUAUAGAAAUAAUUUUAAGCACACAGAAAGAUUUCAGAAACUUCUGGCGAAAGUUCUACGAUGUUAAUUGAUUUAUCCACGAAAACUUCAAUUAUAAAGAUACUUUAAUCGUAUUCUUAGCUAUGUUCCUGUCAUCAAUCUAAAAUUACCUCAUACAUUUUAACAACAACGUCAAGGUAUCGACAACUUUUCAAAAAACAUUGCUUAUUCUUUACUACGUUUAUAUUCAUUUUAUGAAUGCUGAAACUUUUUAGAAGUAUGCUACACUUUUCUCAUAUUAGCCUUUAACAAAAACUUUGACGCCUUUUUUAUAUUAGAUGCUCAAGGAACUCAAUAUCGUUAAGGUGUUUAGUGGCUUUCAAGAUUCCCUGACGUUGUCAAAAUUCGAGUGUCGCGCGCUUCAACUUAAAGUCUGAUCCAACUAUCGAUCCUCUUUCAACUUUAAAAUCCGCGAGUGAAGCAUAUUGAACCGCUAACGCUUAGGUUCGCAGAUCAGGCGGUCAAAGAUCAUGAGAAAUGGAUUCGGGACGAGGUCAGGGCGAGGACGUUGAUCGAAGGUAAAGACAAAAUGAGAC